AUGUCGCCCGACGAGCGGGGCGAAGCAAUUCUCUCCAAGCUGCGCGGGCAGGUCCGGUACGCAUUUCAGAAUUCCGGCUUUUAUCCCGAGUUCUAUGGCGGAGCGACGGUUGACCCGGAAAACCUGCGCAGCCUCGAAGAAUUUGCUCAGCUCCCUAUCCUGACCAAGGAAGAUAUCCGCCGGGAACAGGAAGAGCACCCUCCUUACGGUCGGUUCCUGUGCAUCCCGCCCUCAGAGGUCUUCCGGGUUCAUGGUACUUCCGGGACCACAGGUCGGCCCACCGUGUUCGGCAUCGGCCACGACGACUGGGACCGCAUCGCUGAGGCCCACGCUCGCAUCCUCUGGGGUGCCGGGCUGCGUCCCGAUGACAUGGUAAUGGUGGCAGCCGUAUUCAGCCUCUACGUCGGAAGCUGGGGCGCACUGGUCGGCGCGGAACGACUGGGCGCAACCUGUUUUCCCUUCGGCAGCGGCGCGCCCGGCCAGACCGAGCGGGCCGCUGAAUGGUGUGCAAUGGUCAAGCCGUCGGCCCUGUACGGCACGCCAUCCUACGCCCUCUACCUGGCCGAGACUGCCCGUCAGAUGGGACUCGACCCGCUCACUGACUUCGGUUUCCGGUUCAUGUUCUUCUCCGGCGAGCCCGGCGCCAGCGUCCCAGCCACCCGCAGGCUGAUCGAAGACACCUUCGGCUGCUAUGUGGUGGACCAGGGCAGCAUGGCGGAGAUGACGCCCUGGAUGAGCAACUCCGGCUGUCGGCAUCUGUCCACCGGAAUGCACCUCUGGCAAGACAUCGUCUACACCGAGUUGGUGGACCCGGAAUCCCGGAGAAAUCUGCCUCUCGGGGCCGAAGGAGUCCCGGUGUAUUCCCAUACCGAGCGCACCUCGCAGCCGAUGAUCCGCUACUGGUCCGGAGACAUCGCCCAAUGGGAUUUGAUCGACUGCCCCUGCGGCCGAACCUACCCAACCCUGACCCGUGGCAUCUACGGGCGCGCCGACGACAUGAUCAUAGUUCGCGGACAGAAUGUGUUCCCAUCACGCAUAGAGGACAUUCUUCGCAGCAUGGAUGUUUUCGGAGGCGAGUUCCGGCUACUCCUUGAACGGGAGCGCGGACAACUCGACCGGCUCACGGUACAGACCGAGGUCCUCGCCGACACCUACGUCCAACGCGAAUCGGACCCCGCGGCGCUGGAUCGUGUGCAGGAGGAGAUUACCGCUGCCCUCCGCCGCGCCCUCGGCGUUGGAGUAGCCGUGGAACUGAAACCGGCUGGGGAGUUUGAACGUACACAGUUCAAGGCGCGCCGCAUCAUAGACCACCGCACCGUAUAG